AUGGAAUACUCUUAUAUUGGAUUAAAUGAUUUACCUGAUGAAAUUCUUAUGAUUAUUUUUCAAAAAUUAAACAACAUUGACGUCCUUUAUUCUUUUCAUGGUAUCAAUCAACGAUUAAAUAGAAUAAUUUGUGAUUCAAUUUUUACAAAUCGUUUGACUUUUAUCAGUUCUUUAUCACAAAAUUUUAUCGAUUUACUUGACUGUAAUACGAUACGUCAUAAAUUUUGUUCCCAAAUUUUACCUUCAAUUCAUAAUAAAAUUCAAUGGCUUGAUCUUAAGUCAUCAUCAAUGAAACAUGUUUUAUAUGCUGCUAAUUAUCCUAACUUAAGUAGCCUUGGUCUUUACAAUGUUAAUGAAGAAUCAGUUCUAUCUCUUUCAACUGAUGAAAAUCUUUGUGAAAUUUUCAAAAAUCAAAUUACAACACUUUUUAUUACAGUAUAUAAUAAUUAUGAUAAUUAUGAUGAUGAUGAUGAUAUGUUGGUAUCAUUAAUAAAGAUAUGUAACAAUAUCUUCACUGUUUUUACUCGUCUGAUUACUUUUGUUUUAUUUGACUCAUGUAUAAAAUCUGUUCGAUUCGCUUUUGAUUAUCCAUUAUAUCCUAAUUUUCGUUCUUCAACUCUUUUGAAAUUAAUUAUAAGUGUACGUUCUUUUGAUGAUUGUCUUUAUCUUCUCGAUGGUCGUUUUGAUCAACUUCACACACUCGUCGUUGACUUGGCUUAUAUUUGUCGUCCAUAUGAAAUUGAAAAUCAAGGUGAUUUAGCAACUCUAAAAUGUUUUUCUCUUUCCUGUAAUGACGUAACAGAUGAUUACGAUAGAACAAUCUUGCCACUUUUCUAUCGAAUGUCAAAUCUAGAAAAACUUGAUUUAUGCCUCAAGGUGCAUGUUGAAAAUACACAUAUUGAUGGAAACUAUUUAAAGACAAGCAUCAUUAAUCAAUUGCCACGGUUAAAUCAAUUUGGAUUUUAUAUUCUAUCAUCGAUGUUUAAUAUAAACCAAGUAAAUUUUAUGUCAAGAGAAGAUAUGCAACGCACAUUUAUUGAUUUUCCAAAUAACAAUAUUACUUAUUAUGGUGAUUAUUUUCCGGAUGCAAAACGAUGUCAAUGUCAUAUUUAUACAUAUCCAUAUAAAAUGAAAUAUUAUGGUAACAUUACAAAUCAUUUUCCAGGUGGCUUAUUUGAAUCUGUUCGCGUCGUGUCUUUAUUUGAUGAACAUCCUUUUGAACAUGAAUUUCUUCGUCGAAUUGUUCAUUCAUUUCCGUUUAUGGAAGUAUUAUCUUUGACUAAUCACCAAUCACAAAAUCAUAAGCAAUCCUCUGAAUCAAAUAAUGAUAAUCGAAAUUUAUCUGUAAUUCAAUAUUAUUCUCUAUAUGAACUUUAUCUUAUUAAUGUUCAUGAUGAUUAUUUAGAAGAGUUUCUAUUUGAUACCCAAACGUAUCUACGAAAUAAUCUUAUUCUUUAUCUCAAUUAUGAAUCUUUAAAACGAGUAACACACAAUUUCACAAGAGAUGCUACACGAUUCAAUUGUAACAAAAUCAAAAAACUAAAUUUAUACAAUGAAAAAAAUCGUUCAGUUUCUGUACAAGAAUAUUUUUCUCAUGCUGAAAUAUGUUAUCCUUUAGUAAUUUAA